CCAAACAGUGACCAGUUGGGCUUGGGCUAGGACUUAAUUGUUGACCAAUCAGUGAGAGCCAGAGUGAUUUGGGUUUAAGUCUGGGUCCUUAUGAAAGAAAUCUAGCCAGUAAACCCCAACAUAGCUUGGGAAGUUUCAGUGAUCGUAAUUUACAUUCCUUUGGGCAGAGUACCUGCAGGUAAGGGUAUGAUACCCUAUGUGGACAGAGAGAGGAAGGCUAGAGGGGGAGAAAAGGAAAGGAGUGAAGCAUUGUUGUCCAACUAUCAGAACAAGCCUACUGGAAUUCCAGACUCACCCAGCAACAGGAUAAAUAAGCUUACUAAUUAAGCCCUUAGGGUUCAUAAUUCCCUACCCAACCUCAGCCCCAUUCCUUACAUUGUGAAUCCACCAGUAAUAGAAACUCAUUUACAUGGAAUGCUGCAGCAUAUUUACACAACUCUGUCAAGUGGGUAGAGCAAUACUGUUCCUUUUUUAAAGAUGAUGGACCUGAGACUUAGGGGGCUAAAUGACUUGUCCCAGGUCAUGCAGCAGUAGAGAUAAGACUCCACUGCCAUCUCCCUCUGUAGAAUGUAAUGCCAUUAAGUGUCCUAUUUCAGUUUAAUCAUUAAUUUCAAUUCACAUCUCCCAUACCUGUUCAUAAGAGUUGCUCCUGAACUUGGCUAAUUAUAAACUGGAAUUGGGGGAACUGGACUAGAUGACCUUCAAGAUCCCUUCCACAGCACAAAAUCUAUGAUCCUAAUUUACUUCUGAAUUAAUCAAGAGCUGAAUGAAUGAGAAAUGCAAAUUGAGGAUUUUGUUUUUGUGGAAGAGAUUUUCUCCGACCAAAGGGAAUUCUAGAGUAUCUUGGCACUGAAGACAAAAGAAGACAUCUUUCCCUUCCCCUUGUGUCACAUUUCUAAAACAGCAGCCUUUAUUCAAGUGUCAAAAUAUAAAUCUAUGAUCAGUACCCGUUUUCUGGGCCUGUUUCCAAAAGGAAAUGAAUAUUAUCAUGUCCUUUGUAGGCAUUCCCCUUGCCCCCUCCACAGCUUAUGGCUUUUAAAGACCUUUCUUUGAACAAGAUUUUCUUCUGCAUUUUGAACUUCCACUUACAGCCUACGCAGGAAAACUAUGCACAUUUAAAAGCCCUCUGUGAUGCAAACAAAAAUUCCACCUGCCCCCACAUCUUGAUGUUUUAUAUUUCUUGAACAGUGAGCUCUUUCUUCUAAUUGUAUCAGCAGCUUCAAAGUGUUAAAACCCCCAAAUUGGCUCUUGUUUGAUAUGGCUGAGUAUGAAUUCCAUUAUGUUCACAUGUUAGCCCAGGACUACUUGAAGCAUGUUCAACAGAUGCCACAACUGGGAUUGUGUCUAAAUAAGACAUCGCAAAUACUACAAAAAGUUGCUUUCUCUGUUCAAGAAGAAGUUGAAAAGGAUAUGGAAACAUGCUUAAGCACUUUGGAUAUUGUUUCUGUAGAUUCUGCCAGAAGAAUUUUCAAAAGCGUUAUGGAAAAGGAAUUUGAGGAUGGCAUCAUUAACUGGGGACGUAUUGUUACCAUAUUUGCUUUUGGGGGAAUUCUCAUCAAGAAGCUUCUGAGACAUAGAGCUCCACUGGCUAUGAGCACUCAUGAAGAAGUUUCUUAUUUUAUUGCUGAGUUCAUAAUGAACAACAUAGCAGAGUGGAUAAGACAAAACGGAGGAUGGGAAAAUGGCUUCGUAAAGAGCUUUGAACCUAAUAAGGCGUGGCCAAACUUCAUGGAUAUUUCAACAAAGAUCUGGGGUAUAUUUUCCUAUCUGAAGUAAUCCUUUUCAACUGAAAAGAAUUAGCCUGUCCUAAAGCACUGGCUAACACAAGAACUCUAGUCAAGAUUUACUUCUUUAAGGCAAUUCUGUGGACAUGACCAAUUCUUUGAGGAAUCUAUGACAAUUAAAAAAAAUCAGCAUUUUUAUUAACAAACUGUGAGUGUAUAUCUAUAAAUUCACUUGGAGUAAAUGCUUUAAGCUCUGAGUUAGUGUUGGAGUAUAGCAAAAUACAAGUUCUAUCUUAUUUCAAUAAUAUGUUCAAUUGACAGGAACACAUCAAGCCUCAAACAUCAUUAUCAAUAGACAUUUAGUGAUAUGCUACUUUUACAUACUACUGUACUAUACCGUACUACAACCUUCCUUGAAGAUAGAGCUGUUUACAUUAUUUACAAUGACACUCUAAGGAUUACCAAAUAAAGUUCAACUGUUCUCUAGAAUCCAAUACCCUACACAGUCUUACCUACACAAUACCACUCUUAUCCUUCUAGUCUUAGGUCAUACUCCUCCUCUCUAUGUAUUUAUUCUAAGAUCUAGUCAAACUAGGACACCCUCCCUACCCCCCACUCCCAUAUGCUUUUCUGCCUCUUUAGCGGCAGCUAGGUGGCAGAGUGGUAUAAUGCUGGGCCUGAAGGU